UCGCUGCACUACAAGUCCGUGGAGGCUCGGAAGCCCAGCUGUACCCAGUCUGACCGGGUGCUCCUCGACAGUCCCGCCAUGUGUUGUGGGCUCAGCCUUGCCACCUUGAGACAACUGUAUGCCACCGUCUCAGCAUGUCUCAUAGUGGUGGCCUGCGGGACGUCCUUCGGCUGGAUCGCCCCCACCCUGGUCAACCUGACGUCAGACGACAGCGAGAUACCCAUGACGUCAGCGGAGGCUUCUUGGAUGAUCGCCAUCAUAGAGGUGGGCAACCUCUUCUCACCCAUCCCUGCUGGGCUACUGGCUGACAAGUUUGGCCGAAAACCCCUCGCGUUGUCCACCGGGCCCUUCUACAUCAUCUCCUGGCUGAUCAUCCUCAACUUCAAGAACCUCGCGGCUCUCUGCGUCGCCAGAAUAGUCCAAGGUCUGGCGAUCGGCAUUGUGUUCACAGUAAUACCAAUGUACCUUGGGGAAAUCGCCUCCCAACACAUCCGAGGAGGUAUCACCAGUCUUUUCCAGAUAGCUUUCUACUUCGGGUUUCUUUACGAGUACUUCAUCGGCCCCUUCGUCUCUUUUGAUGUCCUCGUCAUCAUCUCCAUGCUCCUACCCAUCGUUUUCAUCGGCCUGUUCUUCCUCCAGCCGGAGUCCCCUCACUUCUACAUCAUGAAGGGGAGAGAAGACGAAGCAGAGAACUCUUUGAUGUGGCUGAGAGGUACGACGAAUGUUGAAGACGUCAAGGAAGAACUUGUGGAUAUGAUUCAAACCGUGCAGAAGGAAAUCAGCAAUAAAGCGUCUAUCGGGGACAUCAUAGCUACACCGGCUGACAGGAGAGCUCUGAUGAUCGUCCAGCUGGUCGGGGGUGUUAAGAUGAUGAGUGGUUUGGCUCCUAUAGUUUCAUACUCCACAGAGUUGUUCAGAAGAACAGGGUUCACACUGAUUCCUCCGUAUGUUUUAACAAUCAUCAUGGGACUGGUGCUUUUCAUCUCGGGCUUCUUCAGCACCGCUCUAACAGAUCUGACUGGUAGAAGGCCUCUUCUUAUAAUUUCCACGAUCGGAUGCGCCUUCAGUCUCGGGUGCGUCAGUCUGUUCUUCUACUACUACGACCACAGCGAUUACGACCUCUCCGAGUACACUUGGGUGAGUCCGGCCUGCAUCAUCCUCUACAACCUGUUCCUAGCCUUCGGACUGGACCCAGUCUCUAUGACCUAUCGCUCGGAGAUGUUCCCAGCCAAUACUAGAGCAGUAGCCUCUAGUAUCAACACCAUCGUCUUCACCAUCGGAGCCUUCAUCACUCUCAAGCUCUACCAAGUGGUGGCUGACAGCAUAGGGGUCUACUUCAUCUUCAUGAUCUUCUCGCUCACUUGUUUCGUAGGGUCGAUAUGGAUGUACUUUUACGCGAUCGAGACUAAGAACAAAUCUCUUUCGCAGAUCCAAAAAGAGUUGACCAGAGUUACGCAAACAUGCUGAUCCGAGUGUUAAGGCUAUUGAGCUGUGUUAAAGUGUACAAUCUUCUAAGUAAGAUUUCAUCUCAUAAGGUCUGUGAUGUUUUACCUGAGAAGUUUCUUGAGUAUCUGUAUUAAGACUCCUAGGGUAUUAGUGAUCAACUUUAUUUUCCUACAGUUGCCUAAGGAAUAUGUUAUUUUGCAUUGUUUGUAACCACGCAAAAUAUAUUAUUUUCCGCACUUUUUCACUUAGCACUCUUAUAAUAUUUUCUCUGAAUAAUUCUUAAAUCAGCUUUUUUCACUGUUAUUGUCUUUAUUGCAUGUAUUGAUAUAAUUAUUUUCUUGGUGAGAAGUAACAAAGUUAAAAACUACCAUAAAAUGCAUUAUUAUUAUUUCAUGGUAACUGUAGGAAGGAUAAGUUUAAUUCUAGCACAAAGUAUCUUUGCUUUGAGAAUCUAUUCCAAGGAAUCAACUCCUGCUACAGUUAGAUUAAAAGUGAGAGCAAUGAGGUAGGUACUUUGGGUAAUAUUUACAACCAUAACUA